UUUGUUACUUAUUAAAUCAUCAAUCGAAAAGGUGUGCAACUUGGUCAAGACUAUUUCCUCUUCAUCAUUGCUGACUCAGGACUUAAAAGAGCUUGGGCAAUCAGUUAGAGAAGGCGAGACAACUUGUAAAAUUCCAUAG